ACGACGACAGGCGCCCUCUACAAGUAUCAUCUCGACCGCCAGCAUGUUGCAGCCGCUGUUCUCAGCCUUAUGACCGCCCUCGCGCGCCAUAUUGCUGGACGUCCCACACUACAAACCUGUUGGUCCAUUCGUCACGUAGCAUGAUGCGACGACUCCUUCACUUCCAAUCGAAGAAUAGCAGCUCAAAGGCUCCUACAGAACCGUCUGUUUCUCCGCCGCCAGCAGAGCCAACAGCCAUAGCAGCCCAACGCUUGCAGGUGGUCUCUGAGGAGACCGACCCGGUCACCGAUUACGCUCUCCGCUACUCUAGUAUCGUCGCCGUCUAUGGCCUGAACGGACACUGCGAGAAGACAUGGACAGCAGGCAAUGGCGUCAACUGGCUGCGUGACCUUCUCCCGCAGGCUCGUGGUUAA